AGUCCGGGACAGCCGCCACCGCACUUCAAGGGGGCAGGAGCGGGGGUGGUUCGAGGUCAGUGCUUUUUCAGAGCUGGGUGGGGAGACGGGCCGUAUGGCGAGCGGACAGCGUCUGCGUGCUACCUCGGGCUCAGCUUCCCGGCCGUUUUCCUCGGUGUUAAAACGGCACUGGCUUUCAGGUGGAAGAGCCCCAGAUGCGGCUGUGCUUGUGGGUCUGGAAGACUUGGAUGUGGAGCUAGGGGUUGGGGGACCUGGUGGCUCCGAGUGCUGCAUGCCACCCUGGGAGGUGCUAGACCGAAAGACCCGCAAGCUGCGCCUCCCAGAGGAGCUCCCGCUGACGAGAUAGGUAAACAGGUAGGAAGCUGCCAGGGAAAGUGAGUGCAGACGGGCGCCCCUAGGUGGGGGCUGGCGAAGCGGUGGGGUACGUGUUGGGGACCUGUUAGGAAAAUCGCACCGAGAGUGGUGAUGCAGAGAACGCUCUGUGAGGCCAUGAGCAGACCUGGGGCUGCAGAGAUCCGCAGGUGGUUAUCCUGGGGAUGGGAUGGGCAGUGGGAGGGCUCCUUGCGUUGGAAGGGAACUGUGUCUCCUUUUCAGUUUUGCGCCUCUGGGCUGCUCCGGGGUGGUGAUCACUCCCCUCCAGGCCGUGUGCAAGGGGUGACUUUGGGGUGGUGGGAGUUGACAAAUCAAGUGGGAUUUAACUCGAGGGAUCAGAGAUGCGGGGCUAUUGAAGGGGGGCUGCAGGAUUGUGUCAGGGUGGGGUGGUUGCACUCUUGAGGAGCAAGGUGCAUCUGGAGGAUAUGCAGGUAGCCCCUACCGUGCUUUUGAUGUUGUGAUGGGAAAGGCUUUAUGACUCUGGGUACUUAACUGUACAGGGCUUGGGUGGCUAGGAGAGGGUUCAUAGGACCAUGAGGCCUGGUUGAUAACCAUUGUGCUGAUGGGUGGUGGGGCACAUGGUCUCUAGAGCCAGGUUCAGCUGCCUUCGCUCACCACUCUGCCUCCAGGAUGGCAAGAGGACCAGCCUCCUCAGGGGUCAGUGUGGGCGUGAAUAGACAGUCAACAUAAGGUUACCCAUGUCUCUCUUUCUCUUGAACCUCCCUGACAACCAUCCAGUCUGUCCAAGGAAGCCCCAGGAGUUCUGAUCUGGUGCCCUUUCCUUCUUCCGGGCUUGACAUCACUACCAUUGAUUCUUGCCCUUAAAACAUCACAGUUGGCAUUUGACUGCCUUCCUGGACCUUUCAGGCCAGUGUCCAGGUCUCCUUCCACUGAGGGCUCCUGGUGGGGGCUGGGGCUUGGCCUGCUGUGAUCAUCUCCUGCCGCCCAGUGGUGGUGGUUGGGCCUAGUUCCUGCUCUUCCCACCUUGUUUUUGGACAGAUCGCCUUGGAUGGUGGCCUGCGCCAGACAGUCCCAUCAGCUCUUCUCAGCUCUUCUGAGGCCACUGCUGUUGGCUCCGCCUCAGCGCUUGCCUGGAGCACCUGGGUUUGCCACAGUCCUCUUCAGACACCUUGUUUGCUGUGUCCUGUGCUGCUUCUGCCCACCCUCCCUGGGUGCUGUCUCUUCCUCCUCUCUCCCCUUCCUUCUCAUUGUUGGAGGGGCAGUUCCGGUCUGCCCCCAGCAUGCCUUGUGGGUGGCACUGUCGGCAGGGCCCUCGCAAUCCUAUCCAGGCCACCGCCAAUUAUGCCAACGCUCACCCUUGGCAGCAGAUGGACAGGGCUUCUCUGAGAGUCACAUACAGCCCCCCAGUAGAUCUCUGGAUUAAGCAACCUUGCUGUGGGGACCCCGUGUAUGUGCACAUGACCAUGGAGCAGAAGAGCACAGCAAGAUGCUGGGGUAGGCCCACAGGAAGGGGGCCCCUGGCAAUGUGCAUGCCCGGCCUAUGGCCCCUCAGGGUGGACUUCCACUGGGUGCCUGGCUCAGACCUCGACACCUUUGAUGGUUCUCCUUCGUUGCUGGACUGAUUCUUGGCCUAGCUGAGCAAUUACAUGUCCUUCUGCUUUGAGCGCUACCAGGACAACCUCAGCUGAGUCUGUGAGGUCCUCAGGCAUCUGAUGGGUCACGCCCAGGCGUGGGCAGCCCCUUACCUGGAUGGGAACCUACCCUAUGACAACUAUGAGCUGUUUUGCCAGGAUCUUGAGGAAGUCAUUCAGGACCCAAACAACUUUGUUGAGUACCACGCUGCAGGAUCCUGCUCUCUGCCUCUGGCCCCACAGCUGCCUGUGUUGAGACAGUACUUAUCUAGGUUUUCAGAGGCCCUGGCAUUCAACAUGGAUGCUUCUGUCCUGGCCGCUCUGGCCAGCCCUGCUAUUUCUAGCUCCAGCGCCACAUCCAGAAAUGCUCACUCUGAGCAGCAGCUGGCCACAGAGAGCAGCCCUGGGCCUGUGGUUCCUCCCACCUCAUCUGGUUCUGCACCCAGUACUGAUCCUGACCCUGUGGAUCCAGCAUCCUUCCAGCCAGGGAAGGAAGCCCCCAGACCGGUCCCUGUACUUACAGAAUCCGCCAAACACUCUGCUCAGAAACCAGGUCCCACUCACCCAGGAGAUCCAGAACGCUGGAAAACAGAGGGAGAGCAGUAGGCAUCUUAAGGCACCUCACAGUGGGCAGCAGACACCCCAGAGACCCCAGGAGAGCUGGUGUUUUCUUCCACACCCCAACCCACAGCCCUGGAUUCUGAGCAUGGCCCAGACAGGUGCACCCAUUGCACCCAUCGUGAUAAAGUGGCCUGCAUGACCAAGGAGUCCCACAGUCCCCUGUUAGUUUGGAGUGGCAUUGCCGGAUGCCACUAGACGUAGCAUAGCAGGUUGCCCUGGACACUUGCCCCACUGCCGGGCCAAGAUGCAUUCUUUGGGGUCUUCCCUGUCUGAGCACAAACAGCUUCUUGACACCCCUUCCCCUAGACACUGGAGGACACUGGCCUCUGCCAUGUGCCCUUGUCCCCCAACUCCCCCAGGCCCAGAGACUGCCUCCCCACACCUUGUUGGGGAGUGCCAUCUCACCUGGCCUGUUCCCAGUAGUUGGACAGAGUUCCCCAGGUCAGUUCCCAUCAGAUGGGUUUACUGUCCUUGUAACUACCACUGCCCACCCCCCAGACCCACCUCCUUCAGUGCUGGCUGGGACUGGGUCUGCCAUGCCAGUUCUUUUGGAUCUAAUUUCUGUAUGGUGUUUGCUUCGAUCCCUUUCCCACUCUUUGCUCCUUGUGAUCUCUGUCCUCUGGGCUGGAAGUUAAGGACAGCAGAUGGAGGAAGCAGCUCCUUUCACUAUUUAACAUGGGUGGGAUGGUGUCUUGGCAGAGAAGGAUGCUUCCCUCUGGGCUUAGCAGCAGCCCUGGCCCCUGGGAAAGCACCAGUGUUGGAGGGUGGGAGGGCUCCCUUCCAAGCAUUUAUCCUUGUGUGUUAACAUCUCCUCACACCUUGGGACCUUUGCCCAGAAUUUCCUCCCCUCACUGCUGGGAUACUUCCACUCUUGCUUGUUGUUGCUUCAGCACUUACACCCCAACAUUGCACUGAUGUGUGUCUCUGGGGAGACUGAACCACAGGGCACAGGCUCCAUCUCAGUCAGCCUUGUGUCCUGAUACACAGUUGGUGCUCAUUAAACACGUUGGAUGCAUGGCUAAGCCUAAAGUGUUUUCUGUGGUGGCUGCUGACAGCAGAGUACUUGUCCAUCAGCAGGAACACCCAGUCCACCUGGCAGGUGUGGUUCUUUAUGAGAGCAUUGCAGAAUCUGCUUGAAGGGAUCGGGGCUGAGUAGGUGGAGUGGAAGGCUUGGUGGGAGGGCUGUGGCCUUGGGAACUGACUUCUGGGCUGACUUGUGAGGCCCCAGGGCAGGGGUGUUAUGAAGGGCCUAUUCUACAGGUAGCCGACCUGAGGCUCCCUCCAGCUGACUUCUGGGCUGACUUGUGAGGCCCCAGGGCAGGAGUGUUAUGAAGGGCCUAUUCUACAGGUAGCCGACCUGAGGCUCCCUCCAGCUCCCUCCAGGACUGGCAGAGUACACCUGCUCAGAGAGUGGUCAGGCAAGCAUUCCAGGUCCUUUUGGAUUUUACAGUUGUGGAAACAAAACAACACCUUCUUGGAAAGUAGAGAAGAAAAGUAAGUGAAAACAUGGACUGCAGCUGAAAAGCCAUUUUAGGAAAGACAGUAAUAAAUAUAUGGUUUAAAAAAAAA